AUGCCAGAGCCUACCAAAGACAAUAUUGAAGGACCAAUUCCAAUCACUUUAUUAUCUGGAUUUUUAGGUUCCGGAAAAACUACUUUGCUUGAGCAUAUUCUUACUACCGAUCACUCUUUGAAAAUUGCUGUAAUUAUAAACGAUGUCUCUAAAUUGAAUAUAGAUGCCGCUUUAAUUAAAAAUCAUGUCAUUAAUAGGAAAGAGGAAAAAUUGAUCCAGUUGCAAAAUGGUUGCAUUUGUUGCACGUUGAGAGGUGAUUUAUUAGAGGAACUAAUCCUGUUGGCAAAAAAUGGUGACAUUCAAUACAUAGUCAUUGAAUCUACUGGAAUAUCGGAACCAAUGCAGGUAGCUGAAACGUUCACUACAGAGUUUUCUGAGAUGUUAUUAGAAUCUGAGGGUUCAUUACCACAAGAAGAUGAAAAAAUUAUUAGAGACAUAAUUGAUCUAGGGGGAUUGAAUAAAUUAACAAAACUUGACACUUGUGUCACUGUUAUCGAUGCAUUAAAUUUCUUACCAAAUAUUGAAACAACCCAAUUCUUAGCUGAUAGAUAUGGUGAUAACGGCCAAGGUGAACAGGAAAGAACAAUCACUGAUUUAAUGGUUGAUCAAAUAGAAUUUUCUGAUGUUAUAAUAAUCAACAAAAUAUCUACCAUAAAGAAAAGACAGCAAAGAAAAAUUGAAAAAAUGAUAAAAUCAUUGAAUCCUGUGGCCAAAAUUUUGGACGCUGAUUACUGCAAAAUUGACAUUAGUGAAGUAAUCAACACCAAGAAAUACGAUUUUGAAAAGGCAUCUACUUCAGCAGGGUGGUUGCAAAGUAUCAAUGAAAUGACCCCAAGAGAAGGUUUUGGAGAUAAAAAAUCUACAACUUUAACUCCAAAACCAGAAACUGAAGAAUAUGGAAUCAACAAUUUUGUCUAUAAUGCUCGAAGGCCAUUUCAUCCCAAGCGUUUCUACGAGAUGAUAAGAGAUAAAUUUUUCAUUAUAGAACAAUCUGGAUUUGAAGAGGACGAAGCACGAGAAGAGGAUAUUAAUAAUGAAACUGAUAACGAAAGUCUGGAGGAUGAGAGCCUUGAAGAAGAAGAAGAAGAAGAAGAAGAAGAAUAUUUUGAACCAACGGAGAAGCAGAUUUUGAAAAACAAAAAGCUGUCACCAUUUGGCCCGUUAUUACGUUCCAAGGGUUUCUUUUGGUUGGCGUCAAGAUAUAUAAUUAGGGGAGAAUGGUCUUCAGCAGGACCAAUGUUAACUAUUAAAGGUGGAAUUCCUUGGUUUGGCGUUACAGGUCCGGAGAUGUAUCCACCAGAAGCUGUAAAAUUAAUUCAAGCAGAUAUGACAGGCAAGCACGAUGAUAGGCGCAAUGAAUUAGUCUUCAUAGGUUUAAACAUAAAUCUGAAGAAAUUGUCGGAAACACUUGAUUUAUGCUUAUUAAGAGACGACGAAUUUGAAUUAUUCGAGGAAGUAGUCGAUAAAGAAAGAAAUUUGUUUAAGGUUGAGAAAAAGUUACAAGGGGUAUUUGAAGAUGGGUUUGUUGAUUGGAUUACCUUUGAUGAAGGAGAAAAUCAAGCGGAUAUUAAUACUGAAAGCCAUGGUCAUAUUGGUGACAGGAAUCUACCUCCACGCACAAAUUAA